AUGGCUCCCACUAACAACUAUGACUACAACUUCCCAUAUUUCCCUCUUUCACCACCACCACAUAAUAAUCCUCCAUUCCCUCCACAGGUUGCACCACCUCAUAAUUCUCCCACCCCUCCAAAAGUGUCCCCACCGCAUCAUCCUCCGCCACCACACAUUACACCCUCCCCUCCAAAGGUUCCUCCACCACAUCAUCCUAUUACACCACCAACACCAUCCCCAUUCCCAGUUCCAGCAACACCACCCAAUCAUCCAUUUCAUCCACCACCACCCCAUCACAUUCCUCCACCAUCACCAUCUCAUAUUCUUCCACCUCCACCUCCUCAUAUUGUUCCACCUCCACCACCAACACCAGGACAUCAUUCAACUGUUAUAAUUGUUGUCUUUGUCUCACUUGGUGGUCUAUUCUUUCUUGCAUUCCUCUCAGUGGCUCUCUGUUGCUUCAUUAAGAAGAAAAAGAAGAAAACUGAAAUCUUAGAGUUUGAUGAACAUACUAUAGUCCAGGAAGCCAUUUUUCCAGGCCCACAUGGUGAGAAAAUCACAGUACUAAACAUUGAAGAGGAUGUGCAUCUUGUAGAGGAGAUUAAGAAAAAUGAAAAACUGACUGAAGUUUCGCACAUUAAAUCGGCACACGAUCAUCCCCUGGAUUCUGAUAUAGCAACAUCCUCCUCUCAGUCCAGUCAGCAGAGUCAGCACCAUCUUGAGCACAAGGUCUGA